UUUAAUUCAAGCUCGUCAAUGAGAAUGAAUUUCUUUUCGUUCAGUCGUUAGAGAUAUUUAUUCAGAUCGAUAUUUGAAAUAAAUCGUCAGUAAAUAUUUGCAAACAAACCCAAAUGUAAUCGAGACGUUCAAUUAUUUUCUAUAUUUAUCGAAAACCUGUUUCGCGCGUUAAACGUUACAAAUGAAAUCUUACACACACACACACACUACGUUAAAUAUGUUUAGUAAGAAUAAUGGGGCUCUCUCGCUUUGAGAUACUCGACAGUACUCAGUACGACUUUCACGAUGGCAGAGACUGGUAGUUCUAACGGUACCAUCAAAUUGCUCGAGGAUCUCUUAAGGAUUCUCAAAGAAGAAAAGCUCUUCGAUACGAGAUGCGAUCAAUCGGUGAUUAAUUUUCGUCAUCCGAAGGAUCUCAAGAAUAUAAUAUCGUUAACGUUAAAGGAGGACGGUGCUAGUUCCGAGGAAAUCGAUAUUAUCGUACGACAAAUAAUCAAAUAUUCGGUGAAAACAUUUAGUCCGAACUUUCACAAUCAACUUUUCGCGGGUGUAGACGAAUAUGGAAUGGUCGGUUCUUGGCUCACCGAGAUUUUUAAUACGGGCCAAUAUACAUUCGAAGUAGCACCGGUAUUUACGUUGAUGGAACAUGAAGUGUUAGAGGAAUCUUUAAAGCUCGUUGGAUAUCCAUCGAUACCAGAGGCCAAUGGUAUUUUAUGUCCAGGUGGUAGUUUAUCCAACAUAUACGCAAUGGUAAUGGCCAGGUAUAAGAUAUUACCUGAAAUCAAGAGAAUGGGAUGCAGUGGUUUUCCACCUUUGGCAUGCUUUUCCAGCGAAGAAGGUCAUUAUUCUAUAUUAAAAGCUGUUCAUUGGUUGGGUAUUGGCACCGAGCACGUUCACAAGAUCAAGUCCGAUCAGUUAGGAAAAAUGUUACCGGACGAUUUGAAGAGAGCGAUAAACGAGGCCAGGGCCAAUGGGGAAUUACCAUUUUUUGUUAAUGCAACGUGCGGAACCACGGUUCUGGGUGCUUUCGAUCCAUUGCCAGAAAUAGCAAGGAUCUGCGAGGAAGAGUCCCUUUGGAUGCACGUUGACGCAUGCCUAGGUGGAACUUUAUUGCUUUCCGAAAAGUAUCGUGAACGUUUGCGUGGAAUUGAAUUAUCUCAUUCGGUAGCUUGGAAUCCGCACAAAAUGCUCGGUGCACCCCUUCAGUGUUCUAUAUUUUUGGCGAAGGGUAAGGAAGCGUUGCACAAGACCAAUUGCGCUGGUGCUAAGUAUCUCUUUCAACAGGACAAAUUUUACGACGUAUCCUGGGACACAGGCGACAAGAGCGUUCAAUGUGGUAGAAAGGUAGACGCCAUGAAAUUUUGGCUUAUGUGGAAGGCACGAGGUACCAGCGGUUUGAGAAAAUCGGUCGACAUCGCGAUGUCCGAGGCUGAAUAUUUUUUGGAAAGAAUAAAGUUGUUGGAUGGUUAUAGGCUCGUUUUGCCCAGUUACGAAUGCUGUAACAUCUGCUUUUGGUAUGUACCACCUAGUAUGCGCGGCCAGGAGGAGACCGAUGAUUGGUGGCAAAAAUUGUACAAAGUUACAACAUUGAUUAAAGAACGAAUGAUACUCGAUGGCACCCUUAUGAUCAGUUACAUGCCCCUGGCUUCUAAAAAUCUAGGAAAUUUCUUUCGUAUGGUCGUCACCUGUCAACCACCACCUACGCAUGCUUCCAUGGAUUAUGUCAUCGAUCUAAUCGAGAAGUACGGAGCGAAUUUGUAAGAAAAAAGAAAAAAAAGGACAAAAAAGAACACACACAGGAUUUCUCCACGUCUUAUUCCUCCGUCCAUCCUUUUCUUUCACCUGCUAAUUCUUUUUACAAUUAUUUCACUUUGUUUUUCUUUUUCCCCAUCCAUUUUAUAUCACUUAUCAUAUUUUCCUUUCUAUCAUUUUGUCGUCCUACAAAGAAUAAUAAAUACAUUAUGUUAAUUGUAACGAAUGAUGAUUUCAUGAUCAUUUCGUUUUCUAAAGAAUUCCGAAGAAUUAUUCGAUCAGUAGGUACAAAUAAGUAUAAUAAAAAGAAUUAGAUUCGUAGCAACGACUAAGGGAAAUAUUGUCUUUAUUAAUGUAAACGUUUGGCCAGUGUUUUGGCGGCGGGGGUUGGGAGAUAUCGCGGGGAAAGGAAUUGGCGGAGAGCGGCUGGAGUACAAAUAUUUGUUAAUAUUUUAUCUGCAUUAAAGGUCGUAAAAAGAGCUUAGAAGAAUAUCGAUGUAAAAAGUAAAGACCGCCAAGAUCUUUCUAACAGUCUAAUCGUAACAAAAGUAUAUCUUCUAUCUGUCUCUCUCUUUCUCUCUUCUUAAUUACUCGUAGUGAAGUACGGAGAGUUUUAAUCAUUUUUUAAAAAGAGGUUGUUAAAUAAUAUGCAACCAUUACAAAAUGCAAUCGUUAUAAAAUUCUAAUUCGACAUUUUUCUCGCUUAAAAUGAUCAAUCACGACAGGCAAUAAGGCAUAUCGUUUUUCUUUCUUUUUUUUUGCGAUUGUUCCCUUAAAUGUAAUUCAAAACUCGCAUUUACGACUCAAUAUGAGCCAAUAGCAAAACGUAACCCAGGCGAAAGCCAACGUAAAGUUACAUGUAAAUAUAUGUGUUUGUAUAUUUAUAUAUAUAUAUAUGUAUGUAUAUAUAUAUAUAUAAAAGUAAUAUUUUUUAAAACGCGUCCUAUAUGUACAAACUCAUGGCACUACGUUAUUCGGUAUCAAAAAAUCUUCUUUCUUCUUUCUAUCAUGAAGAAAUAAAAAAAAAAAAUAACGAAAAAUAACAAAAAAAAAAAAAAA